CCCGGCAGCCCGGAUGGUUCUCGGAGCAUUGCCCGUGUCCUUCUUCCCGGGCAGCAUCCUGCUGAGCAUCCGCGGUGACACACGGUCUGCCGGGGCUGGCUGCGGAGGGCCCUGCGUGCGCUUGGGGUUGUGCCGCUGUUCUUAUUGGGAAAAUUACAAUUUUCGUAUUGGGAAAAUAGGCGUUUGUCGGUUUGCCUUUUAAUUAGUGAGAAGAAAAAUGACUUAAUCAGCAGCCAGCCCUCGUGGCCAGGGCAGGAGCAGGGGUGGGGCUGCCAGGAACAUGGCUGUGCCUGGAAUCUUAAGGAGGCAGCCUGCCAACAGAGGCCUUGUGUCCCACUGCACCCACCAUCAUAUUGUUGUGUUCCUGCUGACCUUCUUCAGUUAUUCCCUGCUCCAUGCCUCCAGAAAGACAUUCAGUAAUGUCAAAGUCAGCAUUUCCAACCAAUGGACUCCCUUCUGCCUGAACAGCACGGCCCCUGAGCUCCAGCCAUAUGAGCUCUGGAACAGCAGCCAUUUAUUUCCAAAUGCAGAAGAAGCAACUCUCUUCCUGGGGACAUUGGACACCAUCUUUUUGUUUUCCUAUGCUGUGGGUCUCUUUGUCAGUGGCAUAGUUGGGGACCGCCUGAAUUUACGCUGGGUUUUGUCUUUUGGCAUGUGUUCCUCUGCUCUGGUGGUAUUCUCCUUUGGCACACUCACAGAGUGGUUGCAUUUCUAUAACAAGUGGUUCUACUGCUGUCUCUGGGUUGUGAAUGGCUUGCUGCAGUCCACUGGCUGGCCCUGUGUGGUUGCUGUCAUGGGAAAUUGGUUUGGAAAAGCUGGGAGAGGUUUUGUCUUUGGACUCUGGAGUGCCUGUGCAUCUGUGGGAAAUAUCCUUGGGGCAUUCCUUGCCUCCUGUGUUCUCAAAUAUGGUUAUGAGUAUGCUUUCUUGGUGACUGCCUCAGUACAGUUUGCUGGAGGAGUCAUUGUGUUCUUCGGGCUCCUGACGUCGCCCAAGGAAGUGGGCCUCCCUGAGCUUGGAGCAGAUGAAGAUGAAGCCAGUGUGGAAGAAGAUGCCAACAGACCCCUGAUGAGCAGUGAUGAUGUAGAUGAUGAUGACAGGAAUUACUCCAUUCAAGCAGCUGACAAUGACAACGAGCCCAGGGCCAUUGGCUUUUUCCAGGCUUGUUGCCUUCCUGGUGUCAUACUGUACUCCUUGGCCUAUGCCUGCUUGAAGCUGGUGAAUUACUCAUUCUUCUUCUGGCUGCCCUUCUACCUCAGCAAUAACUUUGGAUGGAAAGAAGCAGAAGCUGACCAGCUCUCCAUCUGGUAUGAUGUGGGAGGAAUCAUAGGUGGGACUAUCCAGGGCUUGAUUUCUGAUGUGCUGCAGAAGAGAGCCCCUGUGCUGGCAGUGAGCCUGCUCUUUGCUGUGGGCUCCCUCUUUGGAUACAGCCGUUCCCCAAACAGCAAACCUAUCAAUGCUGUGAUCAUGGCAAUUACAGGAUUCUUCAUUGGAGGCCCUUCUAACAUGAUCAGUUCUGCCAUUUCUGCUGACCUGGGGCGUCAGGAUCUGGUGAGAGGCAGCAGCGAGGCUCUGGCGACAGUCACAGGAAUUGUGGAUGGAACAGGCAGUAUUGGUGCUGCUGUGGGCCAGUAUCUAGUGUCCUUGAUCCAGGAGAACCUGGGGUGGAUGUGGGUUUUCUAUUUCUUCAUUCUAAUGACGAGUUCCACAGUCCUGUUCAUUUCACCACUGAUAGUGAGGGAGGUCAGGAUGCUGCUGCACGAGCGGCGCCUGCGAAUGCUGGCAGAGUGACUCCUGCUCCCCUCUGCAAGGACUGCUGUGUGGAACUGACAGCUGGACACUCAGCAAAACCCUGGCACUCAUCAGAACUCUGGAUGUUUGUCACAUCCUCCAGGUCUGGACUGAUUCCAAACCACUCCACAAGACUCGAUUGACUCGCCUUAGGCACCAAUUACCUGUCCUGAGACCACCUGUGUCACAGAGCUGCUCACCUAAGCCAGACAAUCCGUGGGACUGAUGGAUUGUCCCAGACUCUUCCAGCAGUCAUGCCAGGGUCUUCUGUUGUCUCCUUCCUGUACCUUUUCUUAUUUAUUUCUGGAUGUGCUGACCAGAGUCAGCUGUUUGAAACUGACGGUUUUUGGGAGGUUAUAUUGCAGUGAAUCUUGAUGCUCUUUUGUUCUGGUGAAAUCAUCCAGUGCAGUUCAUGGAUAGUCCU